AUUAGAAAUAGGAAAGGGGGGAUUUUACGGUGUGGCCGAGUCUAGGUUAGAGCAGUAAUCCUGCCCAAUAAGGAUGCUCACGGUCAGGGGUUGAAAGCACGUGCAGACGUCGAAAAGAGAGGAGAGCUCCGCACGACGACGAAUCGACGACGAGCUUGUGAAUUGUGAAUUUGUGAAAUUGUGAUGUACUCCCUCCUCUAUGUUUGAGGAUCUGUUUGGGCUGGGGUGUAAAAAAAUAAAAAAAGUGCAGAAACAGGCCUUGCUUCGCGCUCGCGGCAGUCGGCAGACAGCAGCAAUGGCAAUAUAGAGAUCCCAUCCUCACCAAGAAAAGUAGUAUUUAUGUUCCACCAUCACCGCUAAUCUUCGUUCGUCGCAUGGGAAAGCCUGGCUUCUGUUUGUCAUCUCUCCUCCGUCUCGGUUACUUCCUAAAAUCUCUGUGUACGUGCUUCCAACAGGGACCGCUGUAGACCAACGCCGGAGAAGAGGUGGAAGAGAAGGAUUGGUGGGACAGGAGGAGUGCAGAUGCAGUGGAACUCCUUCCACUUUCACUAAAUGGAACUAUCAAGGUUGCCGGAGUGCCGAUGCACUCGUCAUCCCUGAAACAUGCGUUGUGGACUCGGAUCGGUGGCCAGUCUCUUACUAAGCUGCUCUGAUGAGAGGGAGCUUAUUUAGCCGUAGGAUUCUUCAGAGGUUUCGUCAGAACACGAUCUCCUCCGUUGGAUCCGUCAAGAUCAAGCUGCUCCUCUGCUGCUGCAUCGUGUUCACGUUAGUGCUUAUCGCUGGCCGCGCCGCGUCUUUUAUGGGAUGGAGACAUAAUCCAGCCUCCAUCGGACGGUCCUCUGUUCCGAGAAAAGGAUACACCAUCUUGAUUAACACAUGGAAGAGAAAUGAUCUUCUGAAGCAGUCUAUUUCUCACUAUGCAUCCUGUCGUGGACUUGAUUCUAUACAUAUUGUCUGGAGUGAACCUGAUCCUCCAUCAAAUUCUCUCCAUGAAUUUCUACAGCACACCAUUCGGUCAAAGUCUAAAGAUGGUAGAAAUAUUGAACUGAAAUUUGACAUACAUAAGGAAGACAGUCUGAAUAACAGAUUCAAGGAAAUCGAGGAUUUGAAGACUGAUGCUAUUUUUUCAAUCGAUGAUGACGUUAUAUUUCCUUGCACUUCAGUAGAGUUUGCUUUUACUGUUUGGCAAAGUGCACCUGAAACCAUGGUGGGAUUUGUACCACGUAUUCAUUGGGUGGAUCAGUCGGUAGGCCUUGAGAAGGGUGGCAAAGACUACUACACUUAUGGAGGUUGGUGGUCUGUUUGGUGGAUGGGUACAUACAGUAUGGUGCUCUCCAAAGCAGCCUUUUUCCACAAAAAGUAUCUAUAUUUGUACACACAUGAGAUACCAGCAUCAAUUCGAGAAUAUAUAACCAAGAACAGGAACUGCGAAGAUAUUGCAAUGUCUUUCCUUGUUGCAAAUGUAACAGGUGCUCCUCCUAUAUGGGUUAAAGGUAAGAUUUUUGAGAUUGGAUCAACUGGUAUCAGUAGCUUGGGAGGUCAUAGUGAACGAAGAUCCCAAUGUGUCAACAGGUUUGCUGCAGAAUAUGGGCGUAUGCCUUUAGUAUCAACUUCAGUGAAGGCUGUGGAUAGCAGGAACAUAUGGUUUUGGUGAUGCCACGUUUCCUUUCCCCCUGUGCUGCUUCCGUGAUUUUAGUUUGAGUUGAUUCUUAUCCGAUCCUUGUCUCCUCCCACCUUGUAUCAUAAUUUGAAUUCUUUCUUUUCAAUUGAUAGCAUUCUUAUGUAAUUUGGAAUUUUAGCCAAUUGAACGUCAUUUCUGUGAUUGGUUCAUGUAUCCUCACAUAUAAACUCUAUUACAUCUCCAAUGGGAAGAAAAGAGGCUACAGUAGAACAAGUGCAGUCGCUAUUCCAUGUCUCCCUGAGCAUGUUCAAAGCUCAACUGGACCAGAGAUUCUUAGAUUUCCAUUUUUUAUGUUCUA